CUAACUACACAUAUUGGAAAGAGCGGAUGAGAAUUUAUAUCCGCUCAACCAACUUUCAGUUGUGGUUGGUUAUCAAGAAUGGCGAGGAAACUCCAAUGAAGAAGGUCGAUGAAAAACUCGUCCCAAAGACCGAGGACGAAUUUGAUGCCGAAGACAUCAAAAAGGUGGAGAACUACGCCAAGGCUAUCAAUAUGCUGUACUGUGCCGUCAAUCCUGAUGAUUAUCGUAAGAUUUCUUGUUGCACCACUGCCAAAGAAAUGUGGUACAAGCUAGAGGUCACAUAUGAAGGUACGGACCAAGUUCGGGAAGCCAAAAUUGACUUCCUAACGCAGGAGUACGAAAUGUUCAGGAUGAAGGAAGGAGAAAAGAUCGAUGACAUGUUCGAUCAGUUUUCAAAAAUCAUCAACGACCUUCACGCUCUCAAGAAGACGUACACCAACAGGGAUCUCGUGAGGAAAAUCCUGCGAAGCCUCACACCCGAAUGGAGAUCAAAGGCAGACGCAAUCUAUGAAUCCAUCGGAGUCUCAAAUGUCACCAUCG